AUGGAUAAUGUAAUCCUACCUUCUGAUACUGCCCAGGAGACCACACCAGUAUCUACUCCAGCUAGCACAGAAUCAGGAAAAGAAACUACAGACAUUUUUUCCGAUGGUCUAACUAUUGAUGAAACCUUGUUAUCAAAAAGUAUGGAUUACACAAUGACGGAAGUAGUCUCUAUUCAGGACAUGAGAGACAUCAUAGAACAGCUACGAAUGGACCUUGCCACAACACAAAAUGAACUUGAAAACAUUAUCCUAGACAAUAACGACCUCCGUUCACAAGUAACCAAUCUUAUCAAGGAAAAUAACACAUUAAAGGCUUUUCUAUCCAAAACACCACCAAAGAAAAGUAAAUCAAAUUGUAGCACAAAAAGAAAAUUAGAAGUUCCCCACGAUAUUCAGAUGUAA